AAAGUUAUCUGUCAAAAAUAUCAAAAUGGUUGCGUUGUUGUGUUUGUGAUAAAUGUUUUUACCAUUAAAAAUCAGCUCAGUACAACCACAUAAAUACUAAAAUCGGAUAGCCAGCAAGAAAGAACACUCUAACAAACCAUGACGACGACCACCAGAGCGUCAGUGUCGCAGCUAUUGCGCAACAAAGACGAAACUGGUGAAGAGGAUGAGGAACCUAAAAAGAAGUCCAGGGAAGACUGGAGGAAAGCCAAGGAGUUGGAAGAGGCUCGGAAGGCUGGUACUGCGCCCGCUGCUGUGGAUGAGACAGGCAAGGACAUCAACCCGCACAUCCCACAGUAUAUAUCAUCGGCGCCAUGGUACUAUGGCACGGCUGGGCCCACACUCAAGCAUCAGCGUCCACAGGAAGACCGGGAGGCUGGCUUCACCAGGCUUGAUACCUUCUACAAGAAGGGAGUUGAUGCUACAAAAGUAGCAACAAAAUACAGGAAGGGUGCCUGCGAGAACUGUGGAGCCAUGACACACGCCAAGAAAGACUGCUUGGAGAGGCCAAGGAAAAUAGGCGCAAAGUUCACCAACCAAGCCAUAUCGGCGGACGAGUUCGCCCAGCCGGACCUGAACCUCAGCUACGACGGGAAGCGCGACCGCUGGAACGGCUACGACCCGGCGGCGCACAGGGCCAUCAUUGACGAGUUCCAGAAGGUGGAAGAAGCUAAGAGAGAGCUGAGGGCUAAGAGGCUUGAACAAGACCCUGAUGCAGUGGAUGAAGACGAUAAUGCUGAGGAAGAUGAAGACAAAUAUGUGGACGAAGUGGACAUGCCCGGAACUAAGGUGGACUCCAAGCAACGUAUCACGGUGCGCAAUCUCCGCAUCAGAGAGGACACGGCCAAGUACCUCCGCAAUCUGGACCCCAACUCCGCGUACUACGACCCCAAGACCAGAUCUAUGAGGGACAACCCUAAUCCGAGUGCGGCUGACUCGGACUACGCCGGCGAGAAUUUCGUCCGUUUCUCCGGCGACACGGUGUCCCACGCCCAGGCACAGCUGUUCGCGUGGGAGGCCCACAACCGAGGGCUCGACCUGCAUCUGUUGGCUGAACCGACUAAGCUUCAGAGGACGCAUGAGGUGUAUAGGGAGAAGAAGGACCUGUUCAAGACUAAGGUGAAACAAGAAGUCCUACAGAAGUACGGUGGCGAAGAGCACUUACACGCGCCUCCCAAGGAGCUGCUCCUGGCGCAGACGGAGGUGUUCACCAGAUACAACCGCGACGGCACACUCGCCGCCGGACAGGAGAAGAAGAUAGCCAGGAGCAAAUACUUGGAGGACGUGCUCAUCAACAACCACACGAGCGUGUGGGGCUCGCACUGGCGCGGCGGCGCGUGGGGGUACAAGUGCUGCCACUCGCACAUCAAGAUGUCGUACUGCGUCGGCGAGGCGGGCAAGUCGGUGGUGUUGGACGUGCCCGAGCCAUCCUCCAGCCAGCAAGCGAGCACUUCGACUGCACCUGACAAGGAGAGUCCCGAGAAGAAGAAGAAGGAUAAGAAGACUGCCGAAAGCUCUUCAUCAUCAUCAUCGUCGUCGUCAUCCAGCAGUUCAGACAGCUCUUCGGAAGACGACCACAGAACCAAGACCGAGAGGAGCAGCAAGAAGAAGAAGAACAAGAAGAAGUUGAAGAAGAAGGCAAAGAAAGAGAAGAGAAAAGCCAAGAAAGAGAAGAUGUUGAGCGAAGAAGAAAAGUUGAAGAAGGCCCUCGAAGCUGAGGAACGAAGCCAGAAGAGAGCUGACCAUUUACUAGGAAUGGAUGAGAGGAAACGUCCAUACAACAGCAUGUACGACGUCAAGGAACCGUCUCAAGAAGAACUAGAGGCGUACAUGAUGAAGCGAAGACGGGAGGAAGACCCUAUGAGUCAGUUCAUGUAAAUUUUAUAUCUAAGGAAUUAUCAAAUAAAUUAUUUUAAGCAUUA